AUGUCGAUGGCGCAUGAUUGGCGCCCAUGCACAUGGCGGGUAAAUGACAAGCUGGAAGCAUGGAUGCAUUUGCAGCCAGCUGUGAAACUUUUGUUUCUCUCACAGCUGGCAGAGCAACUUGCUGAGCAGCUGGAUUGCGAAAGGGGCUGUUGCCAGCCACCAGUCUUUGAGGCCACCGACCUUUUGCCAGUGGCUUCCACAGAGGAGGAGUCCGAGAAGGACAAGAACAGGCGACUCUCAUUCGGUACGACGACUACGGGGGUGCCCGAAGAGGAUGAUGUGCUUUCCGAGUUUGACGAGGAGGAGGAUAUCAAUAACGUUGAUGAUCAUCCGGACGGAGAUGGUGGCGUUGCACAGGCAUCCGGGCAGCGAGGGUUGCUGAUGACUGACUCCGAGGAUGAUUCAGAGGCGGCGAAGCCGCAGAUGCUCGACAUCAGCAGCGAUUCGGACGGCGAGUCCGAGGCGGAUCAUCCGAAUGGUGCUUCAUGCACUGGGGCACAACAAUCAGAUUGCAAGUGGGCUUGUGAAGCUGCAACAACCUUGCAAACAAGCAAGAGUUCGGAUGCUGCCAAUGGAGUUGUUCAAACCACCGGUGCAGCUACUCUAUGCACUUCUCAGUGCCAAUCCUUGGAGGCCAGUUUCCUUCCUGAGAUAUUUCUUCACGUGCUGGGCUUUCUUCCCGUGAAAGAAGUGAUGAAGCAGAGGGUUCGGGCAGUGUCCAGCAAUUUUGGCUGCCACAAGGUCUGGCUAACUCACUUGUUCCGCUUGGUGGACAUAGAUACACUUCAGCCGCUGAGUGAUGUACCGAUGGCGCGAGAGUGGCAUCCCAUUGAAGAGUUCACAGCUUCGAUGUCGGUGACGCGCGUUGAAACCAACUCGUCAUGGUCUGAUGUCAGAGACAGACUGCUGUCAACGCUGCGACUUCGUGGUGAUUCUUCAGAGGGCGUCCAAGGCAAGCACCUCGAAUAUUUCAAUUUCAUCAACGCGAAGACAUUGGCUACUUGCGGGCUUGGAAAGAAGCAGGAGACCUCGACGCCAGGUGCAGGCAGUGCCCUGACCAGAGCUGAGGAGGAAGACUGUCCGAACUUGCAGGAGUUGGCAAAGCGACCCUUGGCUCCAGCCAGGGGAGAAGUUCUGCGGUGGAUUGUGGAACGGACAGAGUGCCUGAAGGAGACAUAUGGCAUCGGAGCGAACCCUGCGGACCUUUUAAAGCGGCCGUUUCAACCUUGGACUCCUGAGGCCUUGCUGGAUGUGAACGAGUUCAAGAGCAAGUUGUAUCGCCUCGGAGUUUUUAGUGAUCUUUACGGCAGCUUCAACUUUGCAGGGCUGUUCAAAGAGAUGGCCGGGCACACUGAUAGAGCCAGUCUUGAAGACGUAAUCAACGGCCUCCAGCCCUUCUUCGAGGAUGACGUUGCGACUCCGAGUACACCGGAGUUUGGUCGUCCCAACCUCAGUGAAAGAACUGGACUAAUCCGACUUAUCCUAUUGGAGUACUAUGGUGAUUCGAGACGAUUCCUGGGGUGGGGCACCAAGUAUUUGAACAAUGCAGAUUCUGACAAGGCAGACCAGCAAGCGCUUCCAAUGAAAACGCGCGAGGGCACAGAGAAGGAGCGACGGAUGCAAGGCUUGCAGGUGAGGUUACCAUGUCAAGUUGCCGCCAGCCUUGCUGCCUUGGGCCUGAGGCAACUCAGAAACAAUCUAGACGAGCUGCGAGCCACCAGCAGCUCGCUGACACUGGGGCUGCAGCAGGCCCUGGGUGCAGCAGACAACUUGCAGCAGAAGAUCCAGGAGACUGAACAGCUGCAAGAGCAGCACCGAAGGCAACUGGAAGCUGCCGAGCACGAGUUUGUCGAUGAGAGAAUGCAGUACCAGCAACGGCUGGGGGAGAUGGAAGCGCAGCUUGCGCAUCAGGAGCACCUUGCCAUCCCUUGUGGGGAGAAUGAUGAUGAACCAGUGGAUUUUGGGGUUCUCACUCAAAGAUUACAUCAUGUGUUAUCAUGUGACAGCACAUCUGGCAAAAGAACGCUGUGCAAGAUGGUUUCUUACCGGCAAUUGCCAGACAUUUGGUUCCAUGUCGACUUUCAGGUGUCUGUGUGUGUCCGUACUAGUUACUAG